UGGGAGCUGUGUAAUACACACACUCGAGCCGCAACCACAUCGGUGGGUUUUUUUCUGCUAUUUUCUUGGAGCUAAACUCACAUCGUCAUACUUACCAAGCUGUUGUUUUAUUUAUUUUUAAUGUGUAUGAUUAUUUUUAAAGACACUGAGCAUCGGGUUCUUUUUUUCUUUUUUUCCUUCUUUCUUUCAUUCUUUCUUUCUUCAUUGAAGCAUUUCUUUUUAAAAUAUGACCAGAGACAGAUCUGCAACGUUUUCAAACGAUCGGGAAUUGCGAUCCUAUUUUUGCAAGAAGGAAUCGCCGAAUAAGAAGAAAAACUGAAUUAUAUUUAAAAAAUAAAUAUAUCAAUAACAAGAGUAAAACGACCGGAAAGGAGAGAGAGAGAGAGAGAGAGAGAGAGAGAGAGAGAGAGAGAGAGAGAGAGAGAGAGAGAGAGAGAGAGAGAGAGAGAGAGAGAGCAGCGAUGAUGAAUAGCAAUGGCCUGGAUCUGCAAAACGUCAGCGCUUGGCUUGUCAGUCUGUGUACUACAGUGCUAUAGUGACUGUACAAUGUAGAGCAUGUUGUUUGAAGCAUGGUCCGACCUGCAAUAGCCCAGUUGAAUAUUUCAAAUAAAGGUUUAUUGUUAUAAUAUCAAUAUGUAUUAUAUGAAAGAGACAUGACUAUUGAUUAAACCAUAGGGAGCAUUUUUGUACUGUUUUCAUAUUUUUUUAAGUAGCCUACCGUACAGCAAGUAGGGUAUAACUUGUCGAUACCAUAGUGUAUGUGCCAUUAAAAAAAAAAAAAAACAUGGAAAUGACAGCAGAAUCAACCAAUUUCAGUGGGAAAUUCAACAACCGUUACGGGAAUAAAAACUCCGGGGGAGCCGAUCGUAAUGGCUACAUAAAGACAUGUGUCACGCCAUUAAAAAGGGACCCCGAAUGCCAGAUGUGGGGGGCAUUAAUGCUGAAGAGAAUCUGGAGUUCCUGGAAAGUCUCGUCCGCGGUGUGCGUCGGCUCUCUCUCGGUUCUGUUGGCUUUGAAGUUUGUGAACGGGGAAAUCGAGUACAGCAUCAGCAACAGGGGCAAGGUGCCGGACUCGCCGGUGCCUCACUCUCUCUCGGGGUGCGCGGCGGAGCUCCUGGUAGCUUGGUGGCACUCGGCGGCGCCCCUGUUCUCACUGGUAUGUGCGUUCUUCUGGGUCGGCUUGUACCUAACACGCUGCGGGGUCAUGCUAACAACUGCGCUUUUCCUCCUGACUGUCUGCCACCUGGGAGAAGCGGCUGCCCAGCUCUUGCUCUUCGGCUCGGAGGAUCAGUUACUCUCUUUCACGGCAACGCUGGUGGUACUGGCCUGCUUGGCAACCGGGGCACUGCUGAGAGUGAAACUGAAGCUGGGGCUUUCUGUCAUCGUCUUUAUCAGCCUGGUCAGGACCCUUUCUCUGAUCUCGUUGAAUAAAGUCCGGGACGGUUGUAGACCCUACCUGGCGUACCUGGUCGGGGUGCUGGGCUUCCUUCUUGCGAGGUAUACAGACCAGCUAUUGCCGAGCCCGGGCCAGCACGAAGAGGGCUGUACUUCCCUGACGGGGGCAAAGGAGCACAUCCCUGUAUUUAAAAGGAGAAGGAGAUCCAGCUCUGUAAUUUCAUCAGACAUGGCGAACAGUCAGUCCAGCAGCAGCAGAUCACACAGAAGGACUUCUUUGCCAUGCAUUCAGAGGGAGCAGUACUCUGGAACCACAGUCACGGUGGACAUCGCUGUCAUGGGGGAGGCUCACGGGCUCAUCACAGACCUGCUGGCAGACCCCUCGCUCCCUCCCAACACCUGCUCCUCCCUGAGAGCUGUCAGCAACCUGCUGAGCACACAGCUCACUUUCCAGCCUGUCCACCGGCCCCGCAUCAACCCGCUGGGGUCCUUCAAUGAGAACUACACCUGCUCCGACUCCGAGGAGGGGCCUGAGCGUGGCGAUAAGCUGGCCAUCCCCAAGCGUCUGAGGAGAAGUCUGCCCCCGGGUCUGCUGAGACGGAUUUCAUCCACGUGGACGACCACGACGUCAGCCACAGGCCUGCCGACCAUUGAGCCGGGGCCGGUGAGGAGAGACCGCAGCGGCAGCAUCAAACCAGUCCACGAAGCCGCCACGAGCAGCACAGCUAACAGUGACCCCUGGAACAACUCAAUCAUGCUGACGAUAAACAAGAGCCGGUCCCUCUCUGCCUCGUACGCUGCCCCCACUGCCAACCACCUGAACGCCAAGAGGCAGAGCAGACCAGGUUGUCCGCCUUCCAACAUCUCACCUCUCACCUCCCCGUGCCAUUCACCCAUCCAGGGGACCCCGGCCAGUAGCCCCACCAGCAAACACUCCUCCGUCGAGUUCCCCGACAUGACGGACCCUGCCCUGAUCACCCAGCACAAACCCUCCACUCAGAGCUCCUCUGACCCCCUGGGGCCGCACAGGGACCCCUCGGCACUCUGUAGUAGCUGUGGAAGAUCAUUCAACAAAAUAAACCUCAGUGAAGGCAGUCUGGACAGAGCGGAGACACCCACACAUUCAAUAAACAGGACAGAGGACCCUGCUCAAGCGACGUCGGACUACGACAGCACCCACGAAACCAACAACAGUGACAGCAGCGACAUCGCCCAGAACGAGGACCAUCCCGAGUGUUCCAAAGCGCAGGGCGAGCCCAGGGAAGGGUCUGUCUGCAGAUCGUACAGACCAGACACCCUCAUCUUGCAGCCCUUGAUGCCACCCGAGGACAAGCCCAUUCUGGCUGCAGAGCCCUUGGUGAUGGAACACCUCCACCCCAUCAUGGAGCAGCUGAACAACUGGAACUUCCCCAUCUUCGACCUGGUGGAGAGGACCGGGGGAAAGUGUGGCUGCAUCCUUAGCCAGGUAUCCUACAAGCUCUUUGAAGACACAGGGCUUUUCGAAACGUUUAAGAUCCCGGUCAGAGAGUUCAUUAAUUACUUUCAUGCGCUGGAGAAUGGAUACAGAGACAUACCUUAUCACAACAGAAUCCAUGCCACCGAUGUUCUGCAUGCAGUCUGGUACCUCACAACCCAGCAGAUUCCUGGACUCCCAAGUGCACUCAAUGACCACGGCUCUGUCAGCGAUUCAGACUCGGACAGUGGUAUCACUCACGGUCAUAUGGGAUAUGUUGUAUCAAAAACGUACAGCGCUACAGAAGACCAUUACGGCUGCCUGUCUGCUAACAUCCCUGCCCUGGAGCUGAUGGCGCUGUACGUUGCUGCAGCCAUGCAUGAUUACGAUCACCCAGGAAGAACAAACGCCUUUCUGGUGGCCACCAGUGCCCCUCAGGCUGUGUUGUACAACGACCGGUCAGUGCUGGAGAACCACCACGCCGCGUCCGGCUGGAAUCUGUUCAUGUCUCAGCCGGAGUACAACUUCCUUGUGAACCUGGACCACGCGGAGUUCAAGCGCUUCCGCUUCCUCGUCAUAGAGGCCAUCCUGGCCACGGAUCUCAAGAAACACUUUGAUUUUCUGUCAGCUUUCAAUUCCAAGGUAAAUGAAGACAUUGGGCCUGGCAUCGACUGGUCCAAUGAAAAUGACCGCUUGCUCGUGUGCCAAAUGUGUAUUAAACUGGCCGACAUCAACGGCCCUGCGAAGUGCAAAGACCUCCAUCUGCAGUGGACCGAGGGGAUCGUGAAUGAGUUUUAUGAACAGGGGGAUGAGGAGUCGAGCCUGGGCCUUCCCACCAGCCCCUUCAUGGACCGCUCAGCCCCGCAGCUGGCCAAGCUGCAGGAGUCCUUCAUCACCCACAUCGUGGGGCCGCUCUGCAGCUCCUACAACUCGGCGGGCCUCAUGCCUGGGCACUGGGUGGAGGGAGCCCCGGGCGAGGAGGAGGAGGAGGAGGUGGGGGCGGGGGACAGUGACGACAACGAGGAGGAUGAAGACAUGACAGAGGAAGACACCUCCGACAGCUCAGAGGCAUCACGGAAAGAGGGUUGCAAGAAAAGGAGGAAAAUCUAUUGCCAGAUCACCCAGCACCUGCUGGAGAACCACGAGAUGUGGAAGAAGGUGAUUGAGGAAGAGCAGAGGGCAGAGGAGGAGGAGCAGGAGAAGCACAGUGCAGAAGAGCCGACGAGAGAAGCCAUCUUGGCAAUCACAGAGGAGGAGGAAGAGGGGGCCAAGGAGGAGAGGGGAGGGGAGGGAGAAGGAUCCAGAGGGAGUGGCACAACUGAGGCUCAAGAGCCGUGCACACACUGACAAGGGAACAGGGAUUACCUGCAGAGACUGGCUGUGCGCGGACUCCUGUUAUUUUACCAGCACAUCACUUAGACACAACACUGUAGAUGUUUCAGGAUAAUGUGCCUAAAGAAAUGGGGAAUGGGGGGGUUACUUUUAUACAUUUUUUUUGGUAAAAAUUGGAAAGUAAUAAAUAAGGUCAGGUACAGAACGUGGACUUAAACUUCCGUUUGAGGAAGCUUCCACACCAGUCACGCAAAGGACUUUCCAAAAAAAGAGAGAAACACGAGAAGGAUGUUGAAGACUGGUGUGUAUAUAGUGUACUUCAGUGUCCAUUUUUUUAUAAAACACACACAUAGUGGAGGUUGACAAACAAUGUAACACAGUGCUUAAAAAGCACUUUGUGUAGAAUUCGCUGGAGAGUCUCUAGGUACAGAUUUUUGUAGCUUUCAUUCCAUCGUAUGAAUUGGAGUGAAAAAAAAUGUUUUAAAAAGAUUUUAUCAGACUUCUGAUGUGCCCUGCCAAUAUGCUUUGUGGAUUUCGUUUAGUGCACACAAACAAGCACUGUAGGCAUCUUCAUGUGUUCUUGUUUCCAUGCUAGGAGUUAUUGCUGAUACCAAUGACAGCAUUGUGUUGUAAAUAUAUGAGGAAGAUUUGUUUUAUUCAGUUUCUUUAGCUUCGGUAGACUAUAAAAGCAAAGUUGUUGUUUUUUGUUGUUUUUUUUCCUCUAAAUAUUUCAUUUUGUAUUAUUAUUAUUUUUUCAAUAUCAGCCAUGUUCAUAAAUAACAAGAUAAAGUUCAGGACCUUUACUAUAUAUAUAUAAAAAAAAAAAAAACAUUUGUCAGGAAAGUAUGGAUAACCAGGUCUCCAGAAAUUCUUUAGUUCUAGUAAUUCUGGCACUUUGUUAACAGGGUUCCAGCUUUUAAAUGAUUUCAAAUCUGGGCUACAUAUCCCCAGCCCUCAAUGAGCACUCACUGAGCUAGAGGCUAGAUUUUAAUGUGACCCAAUUCCUUGAAUAUUGACUCUUCAAGAUACAAGACCAAACAGGUUACAGCUGUGCACCAUUAAUCUGUAUAUAUAGUGAUUCCAAGAGUUCUGAAGACAGGGCUUUUUACUGAGUCGUUCUACCAAAGCUACAAACUGAGGCACAGAGUUUCCAUUAGAAAAGAUGUUUUGGGAGACUUUGGUGUUCAUGCUUUAGGACACACACAGGACUCGACACAGUCACAGGCAUCAGGAGAACAGCAGUUGGUAGCAUCUGAACUAGCAAGCUUGUAAACCAUAGAGAAGACAGCAUUGAACUGGGCUGCACCCAUAUGACAGAAUGACUGUAGCAUAGUUCUACAGCGGGCAUUCUUAUUAUAGUGCAGCAAUCUAGUAACUAGAAAGCAACCCUGAUUCAAACACAUUUCUCAACACCAACACAGCUGUGCAUUGCAAGGGGACAGGAGUUUGCAUUGCUUGUUCUGUUGCUCAAGCUCAGAUGUAGGGUACAUCGGUAAAAUUAAAAUACUGUGAUAAUUCACCUCACUGCAGAUUCAGGGACCACCUAACCGCUAAAGGGAAGAAAUGCAGUGCCCAGUGCCGCAGAGGUGUUCUCACUGUGCUACCGUUAAGAUGUAACUCCAUUCAUUAAUGCAGCACACAGCGGUACUUCAAUGGUACGCAGUGGGGUAUUUCUGUGUACCUCCCCCUCUGUGGUGUGUGAGUAACAACUAUACAAACCUGGGAAAGGAGGGAGGAUUUGAAGCCUAAUAAAAGGGACUCGUUUUACUUCUAAUUAGCUCUUCAGAGAUUUGAGACAGGAGCACAGGUUAAAGGAGUUACCAUAUUGGUAACGUUCUUUAAAAAAAAGUAUGGGAUUUAAAAAUAAAAUGAAACAAGAUUUUUUUUUUCUUUGAAACAAAACAAACACACGUUUGUUGUCCAGUAUUUCAGCUGUAAACUCAGGUUUUACAAACGAAGGGACACGAGGACAGCUUUGUAUUUCAUUUUAAAGGGACUGUUAAAAAGGCUUUUAAACAAGGGGGGAAAAAAUAAGAUAAACGUGCCAAAAUGUUCCAGAUACCUUGGAAAUUAGUAAAGAAUUUUUUAUUUGUA